AAAAUCUAAAAAGCAAAAAGCAAAAAAAAAUUAGAGACCUUGAUAAUUUAUUCCAAAAGUUGGGUUAUUUAUUCUUUUAGGUUCAAUAUUAAGUAUCAAUACCAAAAAAAGAAAAAAGAAAAAAGAAAAAAGAAAGGAUUUCCCAGGCAUGAUAUCUGGUUAGAAAAUUUGAAUAUCAGCUUCAACUGAAAGAAAGUUCAACAAAAGGAAGCAUCAGAAAUUAGCCAUGCCAUCUGGAUUGCGGCGUGCAAAACUAUCAUCGUCCCAACCGAAUUUGAUCAAAUUUCAGGCAAAAAAAAGUUCAAAUGUAUUCAGGAUGGGAGUGCAAGCGGACAACAUUAUCAAAGGCGGUUCAAAUGGAUGGUUGGAAAAAUAUAUGAUCAUGAUGGAGCUUAGAAAAAAGAUAGUAACCUUUAGAGAUAUCAUUGAUCUUCCCCCUUGUAACGAUUCCGACCCCAUCCAUGAGUUGGUGGUGGGAACUACAGUGGAUCUCCACAAGUUGUACCCCAAUGUUGUACCCUGCAUACCAAUUAGGGAAAAGACUGAAAUAUAUGAGGGACUGGCCCACCUUUAUGAUGCUUUAAAAUCUAUUAGAGAUUCGUGGGCCAAGAGCCACAAAUGGGUAGCUAAUUUCGGGCACAAUGCAGAUGUAAGCAUGGAGGAUAUCAGUUUGGAGCAACUCAGUGGAAUACUGCUGACAAAGCUCAUUUACAUGAUUAAACUGGCAAGAGAAAUGUUUGAUGUAAUGGAUGAAGAUGAGAAGAACGAGGGAAGGAUACAUGACUCAACUUUUGGGGAUAUCUUAACAGAGUCUUAUUCAGAUAUCAAAAACACAUGUCCUUCUCCAAUAUCUUUAACUUCAGCACCUCCUCUUGAGCUGAUAAAGCUCAGUGAAUAUGCCAAUGUUUACUAUUCCCAACCACUUCUUUUGCCUCUCAGACUUCAGGCAAUGGAAAAGUGCCUCACAUUCCACAAGUUCCCUCAAGGACCCAAUCCCACAAAUAGGAAGAGAAGGGAAGUUGAUGAACAAAAUAUAGAAAUUCAUAAAGAAAAGAGUAUUAAAGAAUCACCAGCUACAGUAACCAGUGAAGGACUAAAGGACUAUGAACCUACAAAAGAUAUGCCAAGGAUUGCAAAUUCUAAUUCAAAUCAAUUACUAGAAACAACAAAGCCAAUUGUAGCAGAAGCACCACCACUACCACCAUUGCCGCCACUGCCUCCACCACCUACUGCAGUAGCUGCACCAUCACCAUCAUGCCACUUGGCCUUGAAUGCAAUAGGACCCCCACCUCCACCACCCAUUUUGCAGUCAAAGGGUUCAGUGCCAGUGCCAACCCCACCUAUACCAUUGGCAAAAGGAGUUGCUCCACCACCUCCACCACCCAUUUUGUAUUCUAAGGGAUCAGUGCUCGUGCCACCCCCACCUAUUCCUUUGGCAAAGGGAGCUGCUCCACCACCUCCUCCACCACUUGGAGGAGCAAAGUCUCUACGCCCAAAGAAAGCAAAUACGAAAUUGAAGAGAUCAACCCAAAUGGGAAACUUGUAUCGAGUUCUCAAGGGAAAAGUGGAAGGAUCUAAUUUGAAUGGUAGAAACUCUCAAGGGAGGAGGACUAAGGUUGGGGCAUCUGCUUGUGGAAAGCAAGGAAUGGCUGAUGCUCUAGCAGAGAUGACAAAAAGAUCAGCAUAUUUCCAACAAAUUGAAGAAGAUGUUGAAAAGCACGCAAAAUCAAUCAUGGAGAUAAAAGGUGCUAUUAGUUCCUUCCAAACAAAGGACAUGGCUGAGCUUCUGAAAUUUCACAAAUAUGUGGAACAACAUCUAGACAAAUUGACUGAUGAAACCCAGGUGUUGGCAAGGUUCGAAGGGUUUCCUUCAAAAAAGUUGGAAUCAGUGAGGACCGCAACAGCUCUUUACAAAAGAUUGGAAACAAUAAUUACUAACUUGGAGAACUGGAAGGUAGAUCCUCCUCUAAGCAAGCUCCUUGACAAGGUUGAGUGUUAUUUCAACAAGAUCAAAGGAGAAAUAGAUGCGCUGGAACGAACUAAAGAUGAAGAAGCUAAGCGGUUUCAGAGUCAUAAUAUCCAUUUUGACUUUCAUAUCUUGGUUAGAAUUAAGGAAUGCAUGGUGGAUGUUUCUUCAAGCUGCAUGGAGUUAGCUCUUAGGGAACGAAGAGAGGCACAGGUAGCAGCUAAUACAGAAUUGGGUCCAAAAACUGAAGUCAAAAGGCGGGCACACAUAAAAAUGCUUUGGAAGGCUUUUCAGCUUGCAUUUCGGGUUUAUAGCUUUGCAGGUGGACAAGAUGAUCGUGCUGACCGGUUAACCAGAGAGUUGGCUCAAGAAAUAGAAACUGCUCCAGUGCCAGAGUAAGAGUAAUCUUAACAAAUGCUACCACCAGACCAUACCUCCAAGUGAUGCUAUAAAUUUACGAGAUUAGAACCUUUGGAUUAGGUUCGAGAAGCAAUUGUACCACAUGUACCAAUUUUGUAUGAGUUCACAACUCAUUAAAAUGUAGUGCGUGGCCUAGAAAUACUAUCUCUGAAGUAAAUAUAGUAAGCAUAGAGUUGUUAUCGCUUCAUGAAUUGCAAGUGUAGGAAGAAUUGUAUUGCAAAUACCACUUGUGCAUGUGUUACAACUCAUUAAAUGUUAUGUGCCAUUGAGAUUUGAA